AUGGCCUUAGGACUUCAGAGGUUAGGCCAAUUGGUCAUCAAAAUCAAAAGGCUAGUGGAGUCAGCCGCAGACGUCGAAUUAUCGGUUCAGAAAACGGGAAGAGCAGAUGCGCAAGUGCAGGAAGACCCGGUGGAACUCAGGAAGAAGCUAGAGGAUAUUCAAGAAGCGCUGACCAGUGCCGUGAAGGAAUAUGAAGAGGAGUUGCAGACAAAAAGAGAUCAGAUCGAAGCCAGUCCAGACAAAGAGGAUGGGAAAGCGCAGCUCGAAGAGAAACUCAAGGGAAGUGGCACAGAAAAAGGCUACGAAGACGCAGUCAAAGCGGCAAAGGAAUGGAUAGCAAUAUUCGAUUCAGUGGCCAAGGAACUUGUACUAUUUUAA